AUGAAGCCUAUUUCACUAAAACUUUUGAGCUCUUUUUUAUUCUGGUUGGUUUCAAGCUCACUUCUUGUGAAUUUAGCCAGGAGCUCACUUAUUGGAAUUGAUAUUGGAAAUGACAAUUCAAAGGUGGCAUCUAUUCGUCCAGGUAGAGGGAUUGAGAUUGUCUUGAACUCUCAUAGCCAACGCAAGACAGCAACAGCAGUGUCAUUUAGCUCAUCAUCUCCUUCCAUAGUUCGCUUAUUUGGUGAGGAUGCACUGGGAAGUAUGGUUAGGAACCCAAUUCGAACAUUGUUACAUAUCCCAAGCUUUUUGGGUAUGUGUGGGGACGAAAUUUCCGAAACUAAGCUCACGGAACACAAUGGUAAAACUUCUCUUCCAAAUGGUCUUCGUAGAGAUCUAUUCCCCUAUGUUAUAGAGCAUAACAACGUCCAGAAUGGAUCAGUUAUUAGGAUUGAUGGACAUGGAAUGAUUCCUGAGGAGCUUACUGGACACUAUUUGGACUUUCUGAGACGCAUGGUUGAAAGUUCUUCCACUAAGGAUGGACAAAACAAGAAGGGUGGAUCCAGUUUUAACUUGAACCCCGGACCUGUAUUUGGUAGUGAGACUGUUGGAGCUGUCAUUGCCAUCCCACCAGUCUUCACCCAAAGACAAAGAAAGAGCUUGGUUGACUCAGCUGAAAUUGCAGGACUAAACCUAUUUGGACUGGUAAACUCUCUUGGAGCAGCUGCGGUACAUCAAUCAACGGAUUUAAGAAACAACGAAAACUCAACUUUCAUUUAUUAUGAUAUGGGAGCCAAACACACAUCCUCAUGUGUCGUAGAAUUCCAACCAGUGAAUGCCACACAUAUGGGAAGAACUGUUCAAACACACAAAAUAAAUGUAUUGGGUUGUUCAACAAACUUCAACUCAGGUGGAUACCUUGCUGAUCAGGCAAUUUCUGACUUAAUAAUAGAAAGAAUUAGGACGGCUCCAGAAAAGAGCCCGCUGGCGGGAAUUCCAUUGGAUAAUUCAAGAGUGUUGCAAAAGAUUGCGAAGCAGAGUGUGAGGACUAAGCUAUUGCUUUCAACAUUGAAACAAGCGGACUUCUUUGUGGAGUCCCUUUAUAAAGAUGUAGAUAUUUCUCAGUCUAUUUCUAGAGAAGAGUUUGAUAGAUUAAUAAAUGAAAAUAUAUUAUCCAAGGCUCUGGAGCCAAUUAAUGAGAGUCUCAGAGUGGCAAACAGGACAAUGGAUGACAUUACUGACGUGGAGAUUUUGGGAGGUGGUAUUCGAGUUCCUAGUGUGAGGGCAUUGUUGGAUCGAUAUUUCGGUUCUUUCGGUAAAAAUGUCAGCCAGAGGUUGAAUGGUGAUGAGGCAAUGGCCUUUGGGGCAGCUUUUGUUGCAGCAAACCAAUCGGCAACUUUCAGGACAAAGAACAUAUUCUAUAAUGAAUAUUCCUCCAAUGAGUACUCACUGAAAAUUGGGGACCGAGUGAUUCCAGUUAUUAAUAGUACUACCCAUUAUCACGGAGUACAUCGUGUUGAGGUGAGGUCAGGUGAUGACUUUAAUGCAAUUUUAUCAGAGAAUGGUAGGCCAGUUUCUAGAUUCAACAUUUCGGGAAUUCCAGGGUUUAUUUCCGAAGCUCAAAGUGGUGGUUCUCUGGAAGAUUCUCUGUUGAAUGUUACUCUUCAAAUAAGAGUAGAUACUUAUGGUAUUUUGAGUUUGGAGAGUGCUUAUGGGUGGAAGAUGGUUAACCAAACAAUUAGAGUUCCAGUAAUAGUACCAGUGAAUUCUACAAAGCCUGAAGAGGAAGAUUCUGUUCUAAAUUCAAACAGCACAGUAAAUUCAACAGAGAGUGGAUCUGUUUUAAAUGGAGGUAAGAAGAACUCCACUAAGACGGUUUAUGAAGAGAAGGUGAUAACUAGAUCUCAGCCAUUCAUGCUUAAAUUUUUGGAAGAGCCUCUUGAUUGUCCUCUACCUCUUACUAGGGAGAUCAAACAAUCAAUAAGUCACCACAUUAACGAGCUCAACAAGUUGGAUGCUAAACAUAGGCAAUUAAUGUACUUAAAGAACUCUUUAGAGGCACUGAUUUAUGAUAACAGAAACAAGCUGUAUGAUGAGAUUUAUCAGAAAGUCACUCUGGAGGAAGAGAGAGAGAAUAUAACAAAACUUCUCUCAGAUACUGAAGAUUGGCUGUAUGAAAUUGGAGAUAGUAUCACUUUGGAACUUGUGGAGGAAAAAAUUAAAAAUGUCUCAAAUAUGACAGACUUGGUUCACAUAAAGGCAGAAGAGUUCAAGUAUAGGAAUGAGCUAAUUACAAAUGUUGAUAAAAAACUAAACUUCACAAUUCAGACAUUUGAGGCUAUUCAAUUUACUCACACAUGGGUCCAAAAUUCUACUUUUACUGAGGUAAAGGGUAUGUUGGAUGAGUUCCAAACCUGGUAUAAUGAUACUAAAACAAGACAAUCUGAGCUAAAACCAACAGAUUCUCCAGUUUUGCUUAGAUCCGAAACUCUUGAGAAGUUGAAUAACGUUGUUUCGAACGUUCAGAGAGUUAGAAACAUUCCCAAACCCAGACCUAAAAUUAAGUCGAAACCAAAAAAACAAGAUAAUGAAACCCAGUCAAAUAACUCUACUUCCAAUCAAUUCAACUCCACAAUAUCUUCAAACAAUAUGACUUCAGACUCCGAAGUUGUUCCCCCUAUGAACACAAACUCUACUUUGGGCUCUGAUUCUUCAGACUCUUCAAACAAUUCUACAAAAAUUCCAAGUUCUGAACAAAACAGAGAUCAGUCUGAGCUUUGA